CCAACGGGAAACGGAAGAGAGAUUUUUGGGAAGCAAACACCGACAUUUGAGUCGAAGUGUCCAGCAUGGACAACCUGGAGGAAGAUCUGACGUGCUCGGUGUGUUACUCGCUCUUCUCUGACCCACGGGUGCUGCCCUGCUCGCACACCUUCUGCCGGGGCUGCCUGGACAGCCUGCUCCACGCCUCGCACAACUAUUCCAUCUGGCGCCCGCUGCGCCAGCCGCUCAAGUGCCCCAACUGCCGCAGCAUGGUGGAGCUGCCCAUGGCGGGCGUGGACGCGCUGCCUGCCAACGUGUCCUUGCGCGCCAUUAUCGAGAAGUACCAAGGGGACAGCGGGCCCAGACCCCCUUUGUGUCCAGACCACCCGAGGCAGCCUCUCAAUAUGUACUGUGUCCAAGACCGUAAGCUCAUCUGCGGCCUGUGUCUGACUGUGGGCCAGCACCAGAGCCACACCAUCGACGACCUGCAAGCGGCGUUCGCCAGAGAAAAGCGGACUCCUUCACUCCUUCUGGCACGACUCUCUGAGCACAAAUGGUCACAGGUAUGUGAGCUGAGCGAGCAGCUGGAGCAGGAAAAAGCCCGCUGCGAGGCUGUGCUCAGGCAGGACAGACAAGAUGUCACCGAGUUUUUCCACACGCUGGAGAUGGUGCUGCUCAGGAAGCGACAAGCCUACCUGGAGGUUCUGGACAAAAGCUUGGACGAGGUGUCACGGGCCUAUGACCCACUCAUCCACAGAGUCAAGGAACUACAGGAAGAGCAGCUGGACCUGGUCUCCUUUGCGGCGUCCAUUGAGGAGGAGGACUCUCCUUUGGUCUUCCUGGAGAAGGUUCACAUGUUCAGGGAGCGAGCGGCCAACUUCACCGGCGCCAGUCUGCCGUCCGCCCUCAACCUCGCGGUCACACCCCGAGCCGCCGACUACCUGCGUCGGCACUGGGCCGCCGUCACUCUUGGUAGUCUGGACGAGGCGCCGAUCCCCAAGGUGUGCUGCUGCACGCGAUGCAGCGGGGCGGCAGCUGAGGUUCAUGGCGGACCGAAGCGGGACUCUUUCUGGCUACGAGUCAAACUGCUUUUGCCGUUGUUGGCACUUUUGCUAGUGGUGGCAUCACUGUGCUGGCUCGGCGUUUUUCAGUCAAGCCGAGACCUGAUGGGAGAGAUCUUCAUGCCUGUCUGGGACUGGGCAGAAAUGGAAUUCACUGUGGUACAGGAGCUUGUACUAAAAUGGAGCUGUCACAUUUUUUCAAUGGUAGAAAUCUUCUCACAGGAGUUGACUGCCUUCUUUACAAGUCUGAUGUCACGGCUUGACCUUGGAGCCGCUUUCUGUUAUGUAGCAAAAUGCUAACUUUUAAAUGUUGUACAAUAAAGUUUUUGUAUACGUACCUCAAACA